CCCCGGGCAUGGAUAUGACAGGAAUACUUAAAUUAACCAUUUACGAUCGAAAAUUGAAAACUAAGCGAAAGGAAAGAAAUAUCAGGCCCUUAGAGAAAAGGAAAGAUUAUGGGAAUCGUGGAAGAGGCUCAUAACGUGAGAAUAGUUGGAAAAGGAAACGAAAUUGUGAUUCUGGCUCAUGGGUUUGGCACAGACCAAUCGGUGUGGAAGCACCUGGUGCCGCAUCUGGUCGAUGAUUACCGUGUGAUUCUGUACGACAACAUGGGCGCUGGUACAACAAACCCUGAAUACUUCGACUUCGAACGAUACUACACAAUCGAUGGUUUUGUCUAUGACCUUCUCGCCAUUUUGCAAGAGCUUCAAGUGCAAUCUUGCAUCUUCGUUGGUCACUCUCUUUCCGCUAUGGUCGGCCUCCUCGCUUCAAUCUCCCACCCUCAUCUCUUCACUAAGCUCAUCCUCGUCUCUGCCUCUCCAAGGUAUAAAUCUUUCAUUCACUUGUUUAUAUAACUUACUCUUCAUAUGCUUUUCUUAUUAUAAGCUUUUAAUUUUCUAAAACGGAAAACUAAAAGUUGAGACCCUCGACUCAAGAGUUCUGCUAUGCAUGAUUAUCACUUCAGUUC